AAUAAAUAGUAAAAAAUGUCUAGAUUACAAUCAUUGUUAUUGUUCUUUAUUAAAUCUUUUUGUUUAGCACAGCGGCAGGGAAUUCUCCCCGCUGACCCAGAUUUCCAAUCUCCUGGUCACCGUCAACAGUUCGGUCAACUUCAUAAUCUAUUGUAUAUUCGGGGAGAAAUUUAAGAGGAUCUUCCUCAAGACCAUGUGUGCUAUGCUGGGAAGACAUGAUUGCACACCUCCUCAGGAUUUGAUCAGAUAUCCAAACAGUUUUGCCACCGAUGCAGCCAAUCCUACUAUGAUCAACUCCUCCCUGAACCGCAGUCGAAGUACAAUGGGCUCUAGGAAUCCAUCAAUCAGUCUGAAUUUGCUGAACCGUUCUAAAACAACCGGUCAGAGGACGCUGGGGAGUUCAAGAUCCCAGCUCCUGAGAUUAAGCGUACUCUCUGACCUAUCCCGUGAGCGGAACAAUCACGAGCUGAACUAUCAAGAAACCUCGCUCUGUGGUGAGAACAAUCUUUGUGUACACAGCGCACACAUGUACAAUACAGGCUACUCUCUGUCUGCUUGUACAUCCCCUGAUAUAGCAAUAGACAAACAUAUCUAUUUACAAUCAGAUUCUGAACCACCGUCUGUAAUGAGAAUAGAAGUGUCAACUAAUAACUGGCCACCAGGCAAAUAAAGCCAAGUUGUGAUUUUUCAGCAAUUCAUUUUUCGUCACAAAAAAAAUCUUUGCCAAAAAAUUUAUUUUGUAAAGUUGACGAAGGCAACCAUUUUUUUAAGCUGGAUGAGAUAAUUUUUUUACAAUAAUAAAUUUAUUAUGAAAGAUUGCUUCCAGAAAAAACCUACUUGCAAUUACAAUAUUGCAAUUAAAGGCACCUUAAUGAUGGUGACAUGGAAACGCCUCAACGAGGGGAGGAAGGCCAACCACAUCAAUCUUUAGUCCGAACCACAUUAUCCUCA